AUGAUCUCCUCCAUGGAUCCUGACCCUGGAACAGCUGCCUUAGUUCCUCUACUCUCUUAUUGGUUGGAUGAAAUCUUUCAUCCAACCCUGCUGGUUUCCAUAAUAUACAAUCAUCCUGCUGGAACACAUCCAUUGGCCCUCGUGCUCAUGUUGGUUGUUAAUUUCCUCAAGCUGUGGUCAGGGAAGAUGCAGACAGAUUUAGAAUGGAGAGAUGCCCGGAAAUAUGCAGAGAAAGUGACUCUGGACCCUGACUCGGCUCACCCUCACUUCUACACUUCUGAUCUGAAAGUUGAAUCAUCUAUGACUAUUCCCCAGGAAGUGGCUUUCUCAGAGAAGAGAUUCAGAAGGACAUGUGUGGUGGCUUCUGAGGGUUUCCAGAACGGCAAACAUUAUUGGGAAGUAGAUGUGGGAUUUAACAAUAGAUGGUAUCUGGGAGUAUGCAGGCAUGAUGUGGACAGGAAGGAGACAAAUGUGAAAUUGUCUUCCAACAGGUACUCGGUCCUUAGACUGUGGACAGCCCAACAGUAUUUCACAGUCGGUGUUAAUAGAGAAAGUGUAUCUGUAAAAACUCCCCCUAGGAGAGUGGGGGUCUUUCUAGACUAUGAAGGUGGGUCCAUCUCUUUCUUCAACAUAAAUGAUCAGUCUUUAAUUUCUACCCUGAAGCAUCAAUUUGAAGGCUUAUUGAGGCCAUACAUCCAGCUUCAGAUACAUGGAGAGGAACUUUUAAAUCCUAUAUUAAUCUGUCCAGUGCCCCUGAAAUAA